UUGCAGAUGAAACUACAGGUCAUCGUUUACCUCCUGCUGCAGCUCACUUUUGAGCUCGCAGCAUGCAUGAGUAUCCGGACUCCACAAGGUUCCACAGUGGAGCUACCCUGUUAUUCAUCUGAAAAUGACAUCACAGGCGCAAACAUCACCUGGACAUUUAAUGGACAAAGCAUAGGUGCUUCUCCUCAGUCAGACGGCUCAGCUAAAGUUGUAAAGAAUGACUUUUACGUCUCCAUAUCUCCUGUGACUGCUGCCAGCCAGGGAGAGUAUGUGUGUGUGGCAGUGUUGGAACAAGGGAUGGUGACUACAACGUACAGCCUCACAGUUGAAUCCUUACAGACGACCGUCAAGAUUCAAGAGAACUCUGAUGUGCUCCUCCCAUGCUACCUACCACCUUCCAGUGGGGUCAUUUCUAAUGCACUGUGGUUCAAGGAGAGCAGCGUUGGUAAAAGAAAGAGACUACAAACAGAAGAGGAAAGUGGAACACAAGAAAAAAUUGAACUGAUUUCACCAAAUGAACUGGAUCAAACCAUCAUGGUCAGAAACAUUAAAAUGGAGGAUGCUGGACUUUACAUCUGUGAAUCUGCUGAUGGGCAAAGGUUGAUCUCUAUACAGCUGGAAGUUGAAGCUCCUCCCACUUCUCUUCCAAUCUCAUGCCAAGACCACGUGGAAGAGCUGGAGCCAUGCUUGGAGGAGAACAGUCGCACAGAUGAACCCAUAUUGCGGGAAUCUUUGACAGAGUUUGCAAUGAAACUCUAUUCCUACAUAACCCAAGAUAAUCCCUCAAAAAACACGCUCUUCUCUCCAAUCAGCAUCAGUGCCAUACUCUCCCACCUGUUAUUAGGUGCAAGUGGUAAAACCCGCAAAGCUAUUGAAAGAGCUAUCUGUGUGCCCCAUGACUUCAACUGCAUUCACUUCCAGAUGAAAAAGCAGAAAGAGAAGAUGGGGGAGUCCUUGCAGAUGGCUUCCCAGAUCUACUAUAACUCACAAAUGAAUCUGAGUGAGUCUUUCAGCAGACUAUCUGUACAGUACUAUGGAGCAAAACCUACAAAACUGCUGGAGUCCAGUGAGGAAAACACACACAUGAUCAACAGCUGGGUGGCAAACAUGACCAAUAACAGGAUCAGAAAUUUAAUCAAUGAAGUCUCACCCAGCGCCCAACUGAUCCUUCUCAAUGCAGUGUCAUUUAGUGGCCAGUGGAAGUUUAUGUUUAGUGAGAAACCAAAAAAAGGAUAUUUCAUAAAACAUGAUGGGGAUAUGUCAAGGGUGGCUCUUCUCCACCAUUCAAAGUACAUGGCAGCUACAUCGUAUGUUGUUGAGCUAAAGGCACAGGUGGCAAGGUUUGCUCUCUCAGGUGACAACAGUCUCUACAUCCUGCUGCCAAAUGCCAACACACUGUCUGCCCUGCAGCAGGUAGAGGAGAGGAUGACAGACGUGAAUAUACGUCUGAUGAUAAACCAGCUACAAACAGUCUCUCCUCAGACCACAGAGGUCUCACUUCCCCAAAUCAAGCUGGAUGUGGAGACAAACAUGAACAACCUCAUCAGGAAAUUAGGCUUGUCAUCCCUUUUUGAGGGAGCAAGGCUGUGUGGCCUUUCCUCAAACAGUGAUCUCGUUCUGGACGAGGCCAAACACAAAGCCUUCAUGGCCCUGACCGAACGAGGAGUUGAGGCUAGUGCCGCUAGCAGCUUAGCGUUCUCUCGCUCCUUCCCUACCUUCAAUGCCCUCCGGCCUUUCAUCAUGCUGGUGUGGAGCGACCGUGCUGACGUGCCACUCUUCAUCGGUCGAGUGAUGGAGGUAUAGGAAGAAGAAGAGGAGUGAGGAAAACUGACAGAAAACAAAUGAUAAAUGGAAUAUGCUUGUCAAAGAGUUAAAAGUCAAUCAAUGACAUUAGCAUCAGUUUUGUGUUUCCCUGAAACAUGAUUCAGUUCAAUGUGCAUUUAUGUUUUAUCCUGUGCACUCAAGACAAAUAAAUGGAAAUUACAGAUAAAAUAA